GAUGCGUUACUUUUAACAUAUUCUUGAGAAAGAAAAUUCUAAUGUUCAAUUUCCUUUUCUUUUCUCAUUUCUCAAUCUUGUAUAAUAUCUUCAGCAGUAUUAUCUACCUUAUAAUCAUUAACUGCAUCAUGUUCAGGCUCCUCUACUGAGCUAUUGACCUCGUACUACAGAGAUAUUGACCUCGAUCGUGUUAGACUGGUUCUUCCUUUUUCACUUUAAAUACUCACAAACCUCGUUUCCUCGAGAAGAACUGGGAGCACCUACUCCUCCGGUUUCUACAGGCUCUUCUUCGACUUCGAGAACAUUCUACGCCUCAUGUACAAGGGUCCUCAAGUUUCCAGCCUUUUCUGGCCUUACGCUUGGCUUCAGAGCAGUAACUUCGGGAAUGGCAACCGCAAUGGUAGAUCCACUUUCAACGAUAGCAGGGUUGUUGUGGUGGAUGAUUUGGGCUAUUUGGUUUCUUCUGAUAACUUCACUUUCAAAACAACUGAUUACGGAAUGAGACUCCUACGCAGAUUGACUCUUGAUCACGACGGCAACGUUCGCUUUUAUAGCAUGAAAGACGGAGAAGACAGGUGGUCUGUGUCAGGACUAUUUCAGCAACAACCUUGUUUUAUUCAUGGGAUUUGUGGACCCAACAGUAUUUGCAGCUAUGAACCAAGAACCGGAAGCAAGUGUUCCUGUAGUCCAGGGUAUAGAUGGUUUGAUAUUGAAGACUGGUCUCAAGGUUGCAUACCCAGUUUCCAACUUUGGUGCAACAACAGUGAGCAAAAAUCUCGCUUUCUAAGCUUACCUGGAGUUGAUUUUUACGGAUAUGACUAUGCCUUCUUUGGCAAUCACACCUACCGACAAUGUGCGAGUCUGUGCUCGCGGUUGUGCGAAUGCAAAGGGUUUCAAUACAAGCCUGUGAGGGGUGCUAAUGGUCAGUGCUAUCUCAAGGCACAGUUGUUAAAUGGCCGUCGUUCACCGAGUUCCACCAACUCAUUCUUCCUGAGACUGCCUUUGCCCCUCCAUGACUAUGAUGAGAGCGCUAGCAAUAAUGGUUUGGUUUGUGGAAGAAACGGUGGAGGAGCUAUAGUACUUGAGAGACCUGAAAAAGAAAAUGAGUUGGUGAAGUUCAUGUUAUGGUUUGCGAUUUCCUUCGGAGGAAUUGAGGUCGUGUGCAUCUUUAUGGUGUGGUGUUUCCUGUUUAGGAAUAACGGGAUGUUACCCAGACAAGGUUAUGUUCUUGCAGCUGCAACGGGGUUUAGAAAAUUCAGUUACUCUGAACUGAAGCAUGCCACUAAAGGUUUCAGUGAAGAGAUUGGAAGAGGGGGUGGAGGUACCGUGUAUAAAGGUGUCUUGUCUGAUGAUCGGGUUGUGGCAAUAAAAAGACUACAUGAAGUGGCAAACCAAGGAGAAAGUGAGUUCCUGGCUGAAGUAAGCAUCAUUGGAAGGCUUAACCACAUGAACUUAAUUGGCAUGCUAGGGUUUUGUGCUGAGGGAAAGUAUAGGUUGUUGGUUUAUGAGUACAUGGAGAAUGGUUCUUUAGCUCAGAACCUUUCAUCGAGUUCAAAUGUUCUUGAUUGGACCAAGAGGUAUAACAUUGCUCUGGGAACUGCGAGGGGUCUUGCUUACUUGCAUGAAGAAUGCUUGGAGUGGAUUCUGCAUUGUGACGUCAAGCCCCAGAAUAUACUUCUUGACUCUGAUUAUAAACCAAAAGUAGGGGAUUUUGGGCUGUCUAAGCUACUUAACAGGAACAACCUCAACAAUUCAAGCUUUUCAAGGAUACGAGGAACAAGAGGUUACAUGGCACCUGAAUGGGUUUUCAACUUGCCAAUCACUUCCAAGGUGGAUGUCUACAGCUAUGGCAUUGUUGUGUUGGAGAUGAUCACUGGAAGGAGUCCAACAACAGGUGCUCCAAUCACAGAGUUAGAAGCAGAGUCAACUCAUCAUGAGAGGUUGGUGACAUGGGUGAGGGAGAAAAGGAAGAAAGGAUCAGAAUUGGGAGCAUUUUGGGUGGAUGAGAUCGUUGACCCUUCUUUGGGAUCAAACUAUGAUAUGAAAGAAAUGGAGAUAUUGAUCACGGUGGCUCUGGAAUGUGUAGAGGAAGAGAAAAACCUGAGACCCAACAUGAGCCAAGUUGCUGAGAGGCUCCAAAGUCAUGACAACGAGUCAAGAUAGUUUGAUUGAAGAGGUUUCAUAUCUGGUUGUCACUUCCCUUGUGUUUUUUUUGUAGCUUUUGUCUGUCAUAUAUUGUAUGUGUUUCUGGUUCUUCAAUUUGUUGUGUUGUGCAUGCACUUCAAUGCUGCUGUUAUAUAUUUCUGCUGGUUAAAUAAAAUAUAUAUAUACCGUUUUUAGAAGUAUAUAUUUUUA